AUGCUAGAGAUAUUUAUGGGGAACAAUAGUGAUGACGAUGACUCUACCAACAUUGCACUUCCCAAGUUUGACAUUGUCGACAUUACCGCAAUUGAAUACAGUUUGCAUAGGGAGUAUACUUUGUGGAUCUUCACCCAAAGUGAGCAUCAUCGAUUGUCCGAAAUUACAAAGGCCCCCUACGAUAAAAAUAUGGAUUCCGGAAUUGUGACUUCUUUGUUAAAAGGUUAUGUGAGCUUUUGA